CUUUCCCCUUCUCCAAGCCACUACUAGUAGAAUAGAAUAAUCCCUUUUUCUUUCUCUAAAACCCUAAACCCUAGCAACAAACAGCCUCCAUUUACAGUAGCUGCAAUCAAGCAAGCUCAAUUUGUCUCCUUACUGUAUUCUCCUAUGGCGACCGCCGUAUUGCUCAGAUCUCUUCGUCGCCGUGAAAUUGCUACCUCUUCUCGUUCUGCUUAUAAAACUCUUGCUUCAAACAUUAAGCCGUCAUGGUGUCCAACACUUGGUGGUGCUAAAUUGGCUGGUCUAGCCAGACCGUUUUGCUCUAGACCUGCUGGAAAUGAGAUUAUUGGGAUUGACUUGGGUACCACAAACUCCUGUGUUGCAGUGAUGGAGGGCAAGAACCCAAAAGUGAUUGAAAAUGCCGAAGGGUCUAGGACCACUCCGUCAGUGGUUGCAUUUAACCAAAAGGCGGAAUUGCUUGUUGGUACUCCGGCCAAACGUCAGGCAGUCACCAAUCCUACAAAUACCGUAUUUGGGACCAAGCGUCUAAUUGGUAGGCGGUUUGAUGAUCCCCAGACACAGAAGGAAAUGAAGAUGGUUCCUUACAAAAUUGUGAGGGCUUCCAAUGGAGAUGCUUGGGUUGAAUCCAAUGGACAGCAGUAUUCCCCAAGUCAGGUUGGAGCAUUUGUUUUAACAAAGAUGAAGGAAACUGCAGAAGCCUAUCUAGGGAAGUCUAUAAAUAAAGCCGUGAUCACUGUUCCAGCUUAUUUCAAUGAUGCUCAAAGGCAGGCAACCAAGGAUGCGGGGCGAAUUGCAGGCCUUGAUGUGCAAAGGAUUAUUAAUGAGCCUACUGCAGCGGCACUUUCUUAUGGUAUGAACAACAAAGAAGGUCUUGUUGCAGUCUUUGAUCUUGGUGGUGGCACCUUUGAUGUUUCUAUUUUGGAAAUAUCAAAUGGCGUUUUCGAGGUCAAAGCAACAAAUGGGGACACCUUUUUGGGAGGAGAGGACUUUGACAAUACAUUGUUGGAAUUUUUGGUGAACGAGUAUAAAAGGACAGACGGAAUUGACCUGUCAAAAGACAGGCUUGCCCUGCAAAGACUUCGAGAGGCAGCUGAGAAAGCUAAGAUAGAGCUAUCAUCAACCUCGCAAACUGAAAUUAAUUUACCUUUCAUCACAGCUGAUGCAUCAGGAGCUAAACAUCUUAAUAUAACUCUAACUAGAUCAAAAUUUGAGAAUUUGGUGAACAGUUUGAUUGAGAGGACAAGGGAUCCUUGCAAGAAUUGUUUGAAGGAUGCUGCAAUAUCGACAAAAGAUGUGGAUGAGGUCCUCCUUGUUGGUGGUAUGACUCGUGUCCCU